GAGGCGGGGGAUUGGUAUGCGAGCGAAUGUGUGAGGGGAGGGAGGCGUCCCGGCUGAGCGUGGUACUACGACGAGCGCGGGCCGGAGGGGGCGGGGGGAUGCGCCGCGGUGGCGGCGCGGGCGCUGGGCUGGUGUUUGGCCGCGCCAGAGCAGCGGAUCCCGGUCUUGCCGCGGCAGGAGCGCGGUUGUCGCGCACGACCCGAAGACGCCGAACCUUUCUGCACCCCCACUUUUUUUUUUUUUUUUUUUUAAAUAACCGGAACCAAUGAACGUAGCCGGGACCCUAGCUCCGGAGGCCGCCGAAGCCGAGGGGACCAGCCUGGCGCUCGGCGGGAGCCAGCGUCUGAGGCGGCGGGGGCGGCCCGGGGAGUCGCCGGCGGCGGCUGCGGCGCUUCGCGGAGCGGGCGGGUGGCCGGCGGCCGGGGCGCCGCCGCGCUUUCCCUCCGCUCCUCCUCCACGCCCUCAUCCCGCCGCGACGCCCGGCUCGGCCUGGGGCUGGCUGCCUCGGCGGCUCCGGGCUGCGCUGCUGGUGUUCGGGCUGUUGGUGGCCGGGGCGGCGGAAGGAUGCGACCUGGUGCCGAGGCACCUCCGCGGGCCGCGGGCGGCGGGCUCUGCCGGGGCAUCCGCCUCUUCUCCCGCCGCGGCGGCGGGCGACCGCCCGGCGCUGAUGACAGAUCCCUGCAUGUCACUGAGUCCACCAUGCUUCACAGAAGAAGAUAGAUUUAGUCUGGAAGCUCUUCAGACAAUCCACAAACAAAUGGAUGAUGACAAAGAUGGUGGGAUUGAAGUAGAUGAAAGCGAUGAAUUUAUCAGAGAAGAUAUGAAAUAUAAAGAUGCUACUAAUAAACACAGCCAUCUGCACAAGGAAGAUAAGCAUAUAACGAUUGAGGAUCUAUGGAAGCGCUGGAAAACAUCAGAAGUUCAUAAUUGGACCCUUGAGGACACCCUGCAGUGGCUAACAGAAUUUGUUGAACUCCCACAAUAUGAGAAGAAUUUUAGAGACAAUAAUGUCAAAGGAACAACACUUCCCAGGAUAGCAGUGCAUGAACCUUCCUUUAUGAUUUCCCAGUUGAAAAUCAGCGACCGGAGUCACAGACAGAAACUUCAGCUUAAGGCACUGGAUGUGGUUUUGUUUGGACCUCUGACACGCCCACCUCAUAACUGGAUGAAGGAUUUUAUUCUCACAGUUUCUAUAGUAAUUGGUGUUGGAGGGUGUUGGUUUGCUUAUACACAGAACAAGACAUCAAAAGAACAUGUUGCAAAAAUGAUGAAAGACUUAGAGAGUCUACAAACUGCAGAGCAAAGUCUUAUGGACUUACAAGAGAGGCUUGAAAAGGCACAGGAAGAAAACAGAAAUGUUGCUGUAGAAAAGCAAAAUCUAGAACGCAAAAUGAUGGAUGAAAUCAAUUAUGCCAAGGAGGAGGCUUGUCGGCUAAGAGAGCUAAGGGAGGGAGCUGAAUGUGAAUUGAGUAGACGCCAAUAUGCAGAGCAAGAAUUGGAGCAGGUUCGCAUGGCUCUAAAAAAGGCUGAGAAAGAAUUUGAACUGAGAAGCAACUGGUCUGUUCCAGAUGCACUUCAAAAAUGGCUUCAAUUAACUCAUGAAGUAGAAGUACAGUACUAUAAUAUUAAAAGACAGAAUGCUGAAAUGCAGCUAGCUAUUGCUAAGGAUGAGGCAGAAAAAAUUAAAAAGAAGAGAAGCACAGUCUUUGGGACGCUGCAUGUUGCACAUAGCUCCUCCCUAGAUGAAGUAGAUCACAAAAUUCUGGAAGCAAAGAAAGCUCUCUCUGAGUUGACAACUUGUUUACGAGAACGACUUUUUCGCUGGCAACAAAUUGAGAAAAUCUGUGGCUUUCAGAUAGCCCAUAACUCGGGACUUCCCAGCCUGACCUCUUCCCUUUAUUCUGAUCACAGCUGGGUGGUAAUGCCCAGAGUCUCCAUUCCACCCUAUCCAAUUGCUGGGGGAGUUGAUGACUUAGAUGAAGAUACACCUCCAAUAGUGUCUCAAUUUCCUGGACCUGUGGCUAAACCUGCCGGAUCUUUGGCCAGAAGCAGUAGUUUGUGUCGCUCACGUCGCAGCAUUGUGCCAUCAUCGCCACAGUCCCAGCGAGCACAACUUCCUCCACAUGCUCCCCACCCGGCCCACCCUAGGCAUUCUCCCCACCCCCAGCAUCCCCAGCACGCGUUGCCUUCCCCGGAUCCAGACAUCCUCUCAGUGUCAAGUUGCCCCGCACUCUAUCGGAAUGAAGAGGAAGAGGAGGCCAUUUACUUCACUGCUGAAAAGCAAUGGGAAGCGCCAGACACAGCUUCAGAGUGUGACUCCUUAAACUCUUCCAUUGGAAGGAAACAGUCUCCUCCUUCAAGCCUCGAGAUAUACCAAACAUUGUCCCCUCGAAAGAUAUCCAGAGAUGAGCUCUCCCUGGAGGAUUCCUCCAGAGGAGAUUCGCCUGUAACAGCAGAUCUCUCCCGGGGCUCUCCUGAUUGUGUAGGUCUCACAGAAACCAAGAGCAUGAUCUUCAGUCCUGCAAGCAAAGUGUACAAUGGCAUCUUGGAGAAGUCCUGUAGCAUGAACCAGCUUUCUAGUGGCACCCCGGUGCCUAAACCUCGCCACACAUCGUGCUCCUCAGCUGGCAAUGGCAGCAAACCCAUUCAGGAAGUCCCACAGGUUACUAGGAUAAGCAGCAUCCCACAUGACCUUUAUCACAAUGGAGAGAAGAGCAAAAAGCCAUCAAAAAUCAAAAGCCUCUUUAAGAAGAAGUCUAAGUGACCUGGCUGACUUGAUGGAAUUCCAUUUAAGUGGCAUCUGUAAACUUUUCUCUCUUACCCUCCACUCCCUGGGUUUUUUUGUUUUAAUUUUAGGAAUGUAACUCCAUUCAGGCUUUCCAGACUGGAUGCCAUAGUGGAAUGUCCUUAAGGGCAACUGUCUACUGUCCGCUUAUUUAAGUGAUUCUAUAGUAAAUCGUCAAGCCAGUUAUUACUGAAAAAUCAUUGAGAGAUGAGACAGUUUACAGCCAUUUCUGCCUAUUUAUUUCUGCAUUGUUGUUAGUGAUGUAUAUAUAACAUUUUGUUAAAAGCCACUAUGGACUUACAAGCUUUAAUGGACUAGUAAGCCAGCAUGGGCUUGCAAAAUUCUUGUUUACCAGAGCAUCUUCUUAUCUUUCCACAGAGCUAUUUACAUCAUGGACUAAAUAACUUAAAGGAAGUAAAACUAAUUGCACUACUGUUUUCCAGACUGGAAAAAAAAUCUCUGCAAGUGAAACUGUAUAGAGUUUAUAAAAUGACUAUGGAUAGGGGACUGUUUUCACUUUUAGAUCAAAAUGGGUUUUUAAGUAGAAACUAGGGUUUCUAAUUGACUUGAUUUCUGGAAAUGAAAACCCAUGCUUUUAUUAUGGGAUGCUUCCUCAAAUGCAUUUAAUAUUAUAAAGUUUCAAGUCCUGCUGUAAAGAUCAUAUUGUUUUGUUUUCCCCAGGGCUUUCACUGUGAUUUAUUGCAUUUCAGGCUGUAUGAUAAAAUAUAAAUAAUCUAAAGAGAGAAGGCUCUUGAUUCCUUAUGCAAGUUGAGGAGUUGAAACUUGAUUGAAGGACUUCAAACAUUCUCAAGCUUAUACCGAGGUGGGGGGUAGGGAUUCAGGCACUUGUUUACAGACUUCAAGUAACUGCAAAGGACGUAUGGUUCGUGAAAGAAUUGUACUGUGGAAAAGAUAAUAAAUUGGAGACAUUAUUGUGUGGGAUUGUGCUGAUUUUUGUUGAUAACAACACUCCACUAGAAACACUAUAUUUUCUGGAGAGCUAUGUAAGCUGUCUUGUUGCUUAAUUGCAAUAUAAGAAAUAGUGAUGUUUUGGAAGUAAGUUGUCAACAAAUUUCUUUGUAUUUUAUAUUGUUUGUCAUAUUUUUAUGUAGUUUGAAAUGUUUAAAUGUUCUAAUAUCAAGAUUAACAAAUAUAAAUUUAUGGUGCA